GAAGAGAUGAUGAUAGCCGCAAACCCUUAUUUACUUUGUAAUUUAACAAUUUUAUUUACUACUUUAGGGGAGAGUGAAUUUGUAAUUUAACUAUUUUCUUAAAACACACAUUAUUCAAUAACUUCAACCUUAUAUUUUCUCUUCCACCCCUGGAAGACUUUGCCGCAGCUUCGAUCUGCCACCGAUACGACAGUGCCCUUCCAUCCACGCGAUAUGAUACUGAGCUUUCCAUAUUAACGCGGGUUCCGUUCGCCCACAAAUUGGUUUACCCGCAACUUAUUUAAGAUCUGCAAGUUUGGGCAUUUUCGAACACCAACCAAGUUUGGGUUAGAUUCAGACUUGCUACAUUGUUACCAAGAAAUUUAAAAUAAACCUUUUGCAAGGUUAUACUCUUGAUCCUCACAAAAUUGAGUAAAUUCUGCCCAAAAGCCUGUGUCCUGUAGAACUCACUAAACAAUGGGUGAUUAUCACUUCGUGUACAAGGAUGUUGAAGGAGCCUCCACUCAGUGGGAUGACAUUCAGAGAAAGCUGGGAAACCUACCUCCGAAGCCUGCUCCAUUCAAGCCACCAGCCUUCACACCUGCCCUAGAUGAGGCAUCAGUCGCCAAAGACAAGUCUUGGAUUGACCAGAAGAAUGAAGAGGAGCUUGAAGACCUUGAGGAUGACCUAGAUCUUGAUGAUGACAACUUCCUCCAAGAGUAUAGGAAAAAGAGGUUGAUGGAGAUUAGAGAAGCAGCUAAAAUCUCUAAAUUUGGAUCAGUAAAUCCAAUAUCAGGAUCAGAUUUUGUGCGAGAGGUUUCACAGGCUCCAUCUGAUGUUUGGGUUGUCGUUAUUCUCUACAAAGAAGGAAUUCAAGAAUGCGAUGUGUUGAUGAAUUGUUUGCAAGAACUUGCUGCCAGAUAUCCAGCCACAAAAUUUGUUAAAAUAAUAUCCACAGAUUGCAUUCCCAACUACCCAGAUUGUAAUCUUCCUACUUUGUUAGUUUACAACAACGGUGCAGUGAAAGCAAAUUAUGUGGGCCUUAGAAGUUUCGGCAGAAGAUGCACGCCAGAAGGUGUUGCAUUAGUUCUUUGUCAAGCAGAUCCAGUGCUUAAUGAUGGUCAAUCUGGAAAUGAUGAUGGAUCGAGAAAAUCCGUGCUUGAAAGCGUACGCAGAAAGAUAAUAGAGAAGGUGGUGAGAGAUCAUGAAGAUGAGAAUGACAAUGGGUCUUUGAGUGAUUAGUUUUUGAAUUAUUUGCCGCCUUCUUUCUGACGCCCUGUUUCUUAGUUUGAGGUUGAAAAGUAAUGUUUGGUUAUAAUACACUUACAAAUUGUGUGCAUGUGCAUUCCUGUUUCUAUCAAAGGUUUUGUUAUCUAAUGAAUGGUUAUGUGAUGUAUUGAAGUUUAGAAGUUUUGGAAGAUCAAUGAGUUUGGUAUUAAGGCAA